UUCCAGCUGAGCAUCAUGGAAUUUAUACCAACAUCAAAAUCACUGACGCCGGAAAUAUCCACUAGAACUACCACUACAACAUCAAUAGACAAGGAUGAAGAAACUUCUGAAUUUGAAUUCAAACUCUUCUUGGGAUUGGUUGGUACCGUGAUAGCACUCGUGCUAAUCAUAAUUGCUAUCGAACGAGUCUGGAGAUGGUGGAAAGACUAUUUGGCUAUGGAGAGAAACAACGAGCAUUAUGUUUCCAUGCCCGAAAUUACACCGGACAUCAUGAACCAGCCGAGAGAUCCUAGCCAGCAGAUCCCUAUAGAGGCGCCAGCAGAAGUGCCAAACUCAGGGGCAGAAGAGGAGAGAAACAACGACCAUAAUGUUUCCAUACCGGAAAUUACACCGGACAUCAUGAACCAGCCGAGAGAUCAUAGUCAGCAGAUCCUUAUAGAGGCGCCAGCAGAAGUGCCAAACUCAGGGGUAGAAGAGGUUGUGGCUGUUGACAAUGACACAUAUCUAGAUCAAAUGGAAAUUGACAGAAACUGGGAAAUUCCUCGAGAAAGACUGGAAAUUUUAGAAACGAAACUUGGUGGAGGAGAUUUCGGAGUCGUCAAGAAGGGAAACUAUUUGAGAGGAGAUGGGAACAAAUUACCCGUCGCUGUUAAAAUGUUAAAAGAUACCAAUGACCAAAAACAGCGCAUGGUUCUAAUCCAGGAGUUAGAGAUGCUUAAGAAAGUAGGACGCCACAAAAAUAUUGUGAACUUAGUUGGAGCAUGCUCAUUUGAAGAACCCCUAUGUGUGAUUAUUGAGUUCGUACCAGAUGGAAGUCUGGAUCGGAUAUUGCUUGAGAGCCGUAUUCCUGCUCGCACAGAGGAUGCAAAUUAUGCAAACCUUUGGUCUAGACUGUCCGAGAGAGAUUUGCUAAGAAUCGCCAAAGAUGUCGCAAAUGGAAUGCAACACCUUGAAAGCAAGCUGUGUGUUCACAGAGACCUGGCCGCUCGAAACAUUUUGAUUGGUAAAGGACUGGUCGCCAAGGUAGCAGAUUUUGGAUUGUCACGUGACAUUUCACAGAACGGAGAGUAUAUCAAAUGCACAGGGGUACACAUAUGUCAUUUUAUUUUCGUCAGUAGGCUAUGGGGGUAGGAUUUGGUUGUGUCACGAUACUUAUCCCUCCCCCCCUCCGUAGCACUCUGUGAUAGUCUCAUGAUCCUUCUCAUUAACAGUUAAUUGGCAGUCAUUUUCUUUAGCUCCUCCUCCCUUA